AUGCGAAACGCAAGAACACCCUCUGCAACACAAGAGUUUGUGGCUCAAGUUUUCGCUUCUGGCCUUUGCUUCCGGCCCGCCAUGACAAGUUCCCACAAAAUUCCUGCAGACACCACCCAGCUGGCCGGGGAACAGGUCAGGGAACAGGCGCCGGCGCCGACAUUGAGGGCGGACGCGCCCGAGUUCGUUCCUCUGGCGCCAGGAACGUGGCAGCAGGAGGGCUUGCAGAACAACGCCUUCCAGAGUGCUGCAAGUCAGGCGCGUGAGCGUGCGUGCGUUCUCGAGGCCGUGGCCUUCCAGGAAGCACAGCUCCGGCUGGAGCUGGAGAGUGCGCAGCAGGCGCUGAUGGAGUCCAAUUGGCGGGCUGGCCAAGCUGCAGUGAGAGCUGGGGCCCAAGCUGCCGCCAUCGCAGAUCGCGACGCCAGGCUUGCGACGGUGGAACGCCAGCACGCGGAGCGAUUAGAGCUCCUAUCAGGUGAAGUCAUGGAGCUCAAGUCGGAAAAUGCCACAUUGCAACGGGACGCAGCGCUGCAGCGUGCAGCGGCUUCGCAGCGUGCAGAGGUGCAGGGGGGUCGCAACCAGUUGGUGUCAGAAGAAGAGCUCAAUGCCCUUCCGACCUUCAUUGCGACGCGGAACUGCCGCCCAAGGGGCGAGCACCAGCUCCAGUUGGAUGUGGGCGAGACGGUGCUAUUGGAAUGGGAAGACGAGGCGGAUGGCCCGACUGGAGGGUACUGGGCCUACGGCCACAAGCUACAGACAGGUUACAUCCCUCGAUUUCGCCUCGAGCCAUGCAGGCCGCGGGGCUACUCCAGCAGCUCCGCGUCGACGUCUCUGUGA